UAUCACUUUUGCCGUUUCUUCCAGGAAGUAAACUUUUUGUCUUGAACUGAAGUAUUUGUCAGGUGCAGCGUAGCAGAGUCUCCGGUCUGAUAGAGACGUGUCGAUGGUAAAGUUCUGCUGCUGGCCGCCAUGUCGGAUACUUUGGAGCGGUCCACGAAGAUCAACUUGUUGAAGGAGCCGGUGGUGAAGAAACUCUGUGAGGUGUUGGACAAAUCCAGUAAUAAAGGAUGGCGAAAACUGGGAGAGAUAGUCGGCAAUGAGAAGCGGUUUAAAGUCAGCUCAGACGACAUGGAGAUGUGCUCUCUGAAGGUGCUGGAGCUGGAGGGAAGUCCGAGCCGCAUGCUGCUGAGGCUGAUGGGAGAGCGAGGCUGCACCACGGGUCAUCUGGUUGACUACCUCCAAACUCUGGGCAACUCGGAGGCCCUGCAGUGCCUGAAACCAUCAGCCCUGCAGAUCCUCAUUCAGCCCCAGUCGGUGGCUCUCAUAUCUGGACAUAAUCUACGCCUGAGCUGUCACGCUGUGGGCAAAUCUCCAGUACAGUACCAGUGGUUCAAGAGCAAGGAAGAGGUGCCAAACUGCUCCUCUCCAGACCUGGUGAUAAGUCCAGUCCAUCUGAAGGAUGCCGGCUUUUACAUCUGCAGGGUCAACAGUGGAGACACGUUUGAAUUCAGCCAGUGGGCUCAGGUGGACGUCCUGAAUGUCACCAUGUCAUGUGGGCAGAGUUAUCAUUCCUUGGAGGGUCGGCUGAAGUUGGUGAUCCAGCCUCAGUCCCAGCGGCUACAUGUUGGGGAAAACCUGCAGCUGGAGUGUGGAGCCGUGGGACGACCGAUCCCUCGGUACCAGUGGCACAGAAAUGGAGUCCCGGUCCCUAACGCCACAAAGAGGAAACUCACGAUUCCUCACUCGAUGCAGGAUCACCACGGCAGGUAUCGCUGUGAGAUCAGCAGCAGCACUGAGAGAAUGUGGACCAAUGAGGUUAACGUCGUGAUUGAACCAGGGAUAUCUGUCCAGAUUUCAGAGGCAAUGGAGUGCUCUGAAGAUGACAUUUAUGCCAUUGGAGGAGGUUCCAGUGAUUUAUUCCUGAAUAGUAUUCCAGAACAACUUUAUGCGACCGACAAAGUUGCCCUGCUGAUCGGCAACCUGUCUUACAAGAACCACCCGCAGCUCAAGGCUCCCAUGGUGGACGUGUACGACCUCACCAACCUCCUGCGGCAGCUGAACUUCCAGGUGGUUUCACUGCUGGACCUCACAGAGUCGGAGAUGAGGAACGCUGUGGACGAGUUCCUGUUGCUGCUUCACAAGGGAGUCUACGGUCUGCUGUACUACGCUGGUCACGGAUAUGAGAACUACGGCAACAGUUUCAUGGUGCCGGUUGACGCACCAAACCCGUACCGCUCAGCCAACUGUUUGUGUGUGCAGAGCAUCCUCAAACUGAUGCAGGAGAAGGAGACAGGCCUCAAUGUUUUCCUGCUGGACAUGUGCAGGAAGAGGAAUAUUCACGAUGACAGCGCUCCAAACAUUGUCCUCAGGGUCACGGCCAACAUUGUCUUUGGAUACGCUACGUGCCAAGACGCAGAGGCCUUCGAGCUGAGCUCCAGCGGCUUCACCAAUGGCGUGUUUGUCAAGUUUUUGAAGAAGCGGCUGCUGGACGAUGAGAAGAUCACCGUGGUGCUGGACAGAGUCGCUGAGGACAUGGGUCAGUUUGAUGCUACGAAGGGGAAGCAGGCUCUGGAGAUCCGCAGCAGUCUGUCAGAGAGGAGAGCGCUGACCGAUCCUAUUAUGCCUGGUGACAGCGCUGAUGUGGCUCACGCUCGCAGCCUCCAGUGGGCAAAGGCUCACGAGCUUCCUGAGAGUAUGUGUCUCAACUUCGACUGCGGCGCUCAGAUCAAGUUGGGCUUCGCAGCAGAGUUCUCCAACGUGCUCGUCAUUUACACUCACAUCGUCAAGAAGCCAGACGACAUGUUGUUCUGCCAGGCUCACGUCACUGACUUCUCACAGGACCUUGAUGUGGAUCCCAAAGAGAUGAACAGAGAGACUCCAGAGGAGACAGGGAUCUACCUUCUGUCCAGCAACCUGCCGCAGCACUGUCUUUACACCAGAGUCAGCUCACUGCAGAAACUCAGGGAGGAGCUGGUCUUCACCGUGUGCCUUCAGGGCACCUUCACCGCCAUGGAUGACGAAUCUGUCCACUGGACCAAAAGCAUCAACAUUGGCAAGCCGCUGAUCGCCCGCCUGGACCUGCACCGUGCCAUGAGGCGAAAUAGCUGCCUGCAGACGUGCAUGAUGCCCCACAGCCCAUCCCACAGCCCCUGUCACAGCCCGGGGCCCGAACACCGCCUCCACCUCCACCACGGGUCGCACCAGGCCCAAGACUACAGCCGCCUGUCACCACAACACCUCUACCUGGACGUGUAUGAGCACCACCAGGGCGCAGUGGGAGGCUGUGGGGAUUCCUACUACGACAACCUCAGCCAACCUCGCUACGAUGCUGCGUACGACUCAGCUGGUGGACUUUCAACCUCGCCGGAGAGGUUCAGCAUCCCCAUAGAGACCACUGACGACAUCAACGAGCUGCAGACUGUGUUCAUCAACAGUCUGCAGCUUCAACAGCCUUGAAGCUGCUGCUCAGAAGAAAAGCUUUAAAUAUCUGACAUUGUAUCUGGAACACUGCUGCUCUUCCUGUUACAUGUUGUUUAGAAUAUUAUAUUCCUCCAGAUAUAAGCAUUAUUUGCCUCGACAAGCUGUAUACUGACUUUUCUACUAAAAAGAGUUUUGUAAAUAAAUGGAAGACUGAAACAGUG